GAGGGAAGGAGACUCCGCAGGUGAAGAAGAGGAGGAAGAAGACUCAGGUGGCUCCCUCAUCACCCUCAGCCUCACCUGCGUCGCCGUGAAGUCCGCCAGAGGCGGCAAUGUGCUAGCUGGCAUGCGGAGGAGUGGCGGGGGUGGGGGAGGGGGGGCCGGGGGGUUUAACAAGCCCCCACCAGCCCCCCUCACCCACAGUGGGGCUGGCCGGGUGAGGCUCCACACCCCGGACCUUGCGUCGCCAGCCCUCACCAAGGACAGGUUUGGGCCAGCCCGGGAGAGGUCACCCAGCACCAUGCCGCUCUCCCCCUCACACCCAGCCAGCCGAGAGAAGUCCCCCAACCCUUCCUCGCACCACCACGACCUCCACGAUUGCUCCAUGUGCCUCUCUGCCUACCUCCAGUCCUUGAAUACGGUGUGUGGCACAGCUUGUCGGCUCUCCCAGUGCCUGGCGCAGUCGUGUGGGGACGAGGCCGGGCCAGGGCUGGUGCGGGAGGUGGCGGAGGCGUGGGAGGGUGUGGCGCGGUCAGUGGGCGUGGCCUCGGCGUCUGUCAAGAACCAGAUGUUGGUGCUGGUGCAGGAGGCCCAGAGCACCCGCCAGGACCCCAUGGCCUCCCAGGCGGACCGCCGGGCUGACCUGCAGCGGGUGGUGAUGAUGAUGCUGUCGGCCUUCCUGGGGCUGCAGCAGCAGUUCUCGGUGGCCGUGCUGGAGCGCUUCUCUGGGGUGGUGGCCGCCCUCAGGGAAGAGGGCCUCAAGCAGGGCUCUAGCCAUCCCUCUGACCUCCCCGCCCAAGGCCAGCACCUGCUUGGCCCGGUAGCUGCCAGGGAGAGCCCCAGCCUGGAGGACAAGACCCCGGGCCGCCCUCCCUCCGCGGGCACGUCCCGGCCCCAGACGGCCUGGGUCGGCCCUGCCAGCCCCGGAGCAAGCAACCUGACUCCCGGCAACUGCCAGACCCUGGCCCCUGGCUCAGCCUGGCCCCCCGACGCCAUCUCUCGCCGCUGGUCCAUGGUGGACGGCUGGGCCACCCUGGGCAACUUCAGCCUGCUGGCCAGCCGCCGCUGGUCUGUGCCUGAGGCAGACGGGGAGGGUGGGACUGCCUCCGGGGCUGGGCCCUGGGGUGGCCUCACCCCCACCUCCAGGGACAGCAGUGUGACCCGCAGCCCCACUCACAGCCGCUCCACCACGCCAGACCCCAAGGGCCAGGGCUCCUUCAUCAGCAACGAGGAGCUGCAAGACGUGAUCGACCUCCUCUCCAUCCCUCUGUCAGACCCGCCCGCACCAGGGAAGGGCGGCGACGGAGGCGUUGGCAGGCCCAGCUUUGAUGGUGGAGGAGGAGGAGGAGGAGGAGUCAUCGGGCGGAACAGUUUUGACGGCGGAGUUGGCGGCGCAAGAAACAGCAUUGACAGCAGCGGGCGGAACAGUUUUGACAGCGGUCUGGGUGGGCGGAACAGCUUUGACAUUGGCAGCGGCAGCAGAAACAGCUUUGAUGGAGGAGGAGGAGCGAGAAAUAGCUUUGACGGAGGAGGAGGAGCAGCAAGAAACAGCUUCGACGGAGGAGGAAGUGGAGGGAGGAAUAGUUUUGAUGCAGGUGGAACAGGAGGACCGAGGAAUAGUUUCGACGGAGGUGGAGGAGGAGGAACAGGAGGAGGUGGAGGCAUAUCACCCGUCGGUUUAAGCCCCACACACCACCACCACCACCAAAACCCCCUCCAGCACCCCUCCAUUGCCCAGCUGUUCGAGGAGGCAACCAAACAACACCAACAACAGCAACCACAACCUCCGAUCAAGCCGCCACAAUCACCCCAACAGCAACUCCCAUACCACCACCACCAGCAACACCCACAUCAACACCACACUCAGCUCCACCACCACCAGCCGCAGCAACCGUUCACCGCUCGGCGUUCCAUCGGGGAGAUCGUUCCCGAGACCCCCGACAGAAGCUCCCAGGUCUCCACGCCCCUUUGGCCACCGUCAGGAAUUGCCCCAGGUGUCACGCUAACGGAGUGUCCAGGAGCAAGUGGAGACCAGGACUCACCCCUUCCCCUCUGGACAGAGGGCGUUGGGUGUGAGCGGCGGGGGGGUGGGGGGGGACAGGCCCGGGACUCAGCUCAUCGCGCCUCAUGGCCAGCUGCAGCCCCUCCUCCCUCGCUCAUGUGGGCUGGUCUGGAGGGCUUAACAGGGGGCAGCGACAGACUAGGAGGCGCCGAGGAGGACGGUCUAGCCAGCAGCAUAUCCCCGGCCUGCUCACCCCAAUACCGACGGCACUCAACCGACACCACCCACCUGGCCCCCCACCACCCGCACCACCUCACCGGCACCCCCACCACCACCGCUUCUGCUGCCGCCGCUGCGAUCGCCACCACCGCCCCCGCCUCCAUACCCAAGACGCGGAGCUCGGAUAAUAUUGCGCAGGUUCGUGCCGGAGGAGGGGGCUGUCACGGGGGCGGUGCCCAGGCCAGCACCGGUGGAAGCUGCCUCGACAACAACCUCCAGCACCUCCUCCUCCUCAACUCACUACUACCCGCCUCCUCCCCGCCCUCACCCACCUCCCAGUACUCCCUCUUCACCUCUUGAAAUGGCCCUAAAACCACUCAACCACACCACCAAGGCUCUCCUCUGGUAAGGUUUGCGGUGGUCUCGUGCUGUGGUCUGGUAGCGUAGCGGAGGUGCCGUGGGUUUGGAUGUUAGUUGGGGUUAGGCUUUCAGGAACGGCCUCGUGUAGAUUCAGUUUUGUUGAUGUGGUUUUGCGUUCCUUUGAAGCCAAGAGUUGUGGGGUCGUGCGAUGGGAGAGUUUUUUAGGGGACUAUUUGAUCACAGGUUCUAUAUUGCUACCAGAAGAGCCUUGUGAAAUUCAAAUUGAGGCUGAAAUGACUACUUAUUCAUGUGUGUGUGGGCUCUAGGGACUUCCUCUAGAUUCUAAUAAUGCCUAGAGUUCCCCAAAAAGCCUUUACUCUGUCAGCAUCUGUUUGAAUUUCACACGGUUCAUCUCGUUUGGCUAACAGAAAAGUCUUACGAAAUUCAAAUUAAGGCUGAAAUGACUGCUUCUGCGUGUGUUUGUGGGCUCAAAAGUCUUAUUCGAGAUCAUAACAAUACCUAGACUCCCCCAAAAAACACUUAUUAUAUCAGUAUCCACUUAAAUUUUACUUCGUUCAUCUUUUCGUAACAAUAUGGCAUCUGUGAAGUCAAGUCCGUCAGGCUCUCCCAUCCCACAACUCCAGCUCAGCCUCAAGACACCACAGUUCCCCCUUCAAGAAUGACUAGCGUGGGCUGGCACCAUUGGUCUUACAUGUGGCGGGCGGGUUGUUUUUUAGAGCGUGGGCAGCUUGUGUUAACCGGUCACUUAGCAAGACGGUUACUGCCUAGGCCAUCCCCCUCAGUUUCCGUGCCCAUGUUGUAUAUUGUUUCGUGUCCGGGUUUUUUGCGACUGGAGCGCCUAACAGUUUACUAUAUAGUCCCUCCAUAACCCUUUGAUGAUGUAUUCUCUCGUGUGUCGUUGUUGGUUUAGUCAUGUCGUGUUAUAUCGCCAAGAAGGGAAAGAACGGAAGAAGGUUAUGAGUGGGUUAGUUUUACCUUCCUUUACGUCAAAUUAGAAAGGCUGAUCUCUGUCCUUUUUGCAUAUUAGAGAGAACAGAGAAAAGAUUAUGACUGUUCUUGGGUAUAAUUGGUUCAGUCAUCCCUUCCUUUAUAUUAGACAAAGAAACUGACCUCCAUUCUUUUGCUUAUUAUAGAAAACGGAGAAAAGGUUAUGACUGUUCUUGGGUAUAAAUGGGUCAGUCAUGCCUUCCCUUAUAUUAGACAAAGAAACUGACCUCCAUUCUUUUUGCUUAUUAGAGAAAACAGAGAACAGGUUAAGACUGUUUUGGGGUAUAAUUGGUUAAGUCAUACCUUCUUUUGUGUUGUAUCAAGAAACUGACCUCUAAUCUUUUUGCUUAUUAGAGAAAACAGAGAAAAGGUUAUGACUGUUCUUGGGUAUAAAUGGGUCAGUCAUCCCUUCCUUUAUAUUAGACAAAGAAACUGACCUCCAUUCUUUUUGCAUAUCAUAGAAAACAGAGAAAAGGUUGUGACUGUUCUUGGGUAUAAUUAGUUUUGUCGUGCCUUCCCUUACGUCAAGCCAAGAAACUGCCCUCUACCUUUUUUGCAUAAUAUAGAAAAUGGAGAAAAAGUAAUGACUGUAGUAGGCUAUAACUGGAUGAGUCAUACCUUCCCUUAUAUUAGAUAAAGAAACUGACCUCUAAUCUUUUUGCGUAUCAUAGAAAACAGAGAAAAGGCUAUGACUGUAGUUGGCUAUAAUUGGUUGAGUCAUACCUUCCCGUACAUCAGACCAAGAAACUGCCCUCCAUCUCUACAGCAUAUUAGGGAAAACAUAUACUGAUUAUGUGAUAUUUUCUGGUCAUUUGAGGAUCUAUAGUUCAUUUCUAAAGCAUACAAGGGGGUGUUUAUUUGUUUUUCGUAUGGUAACUUUGUACCAUCGCUCUUCCAAGAGAUAUUGACGAAACUUUUAUGAAUUCGACCCUCAGACUUUGUUCGGCCCACCACUCUUAAGGUUCUCAUGUGCAGCACCGACCUGUUAGAAAGGGUGAGAUUUUAACAGCUGGACGGUCAGUGAUUUCCAGGUGCCCCUUCUUCUUCUUCUUCUUCUUCUUGGUGAAACAAAUCAAAAUGUUGUAAUUAGUAUUAGUAUUGGUUGGCGGUUAAGGAGAGCUCGGCAAUGGCAGACUAUUACGCGAUUUGGUUGUGUGUGUGUGCGUGUGUCUGUGUGUGCACUGUUGCCGUGGAGCAGAAUUUUUGGGGUUUUGUUUGGUGACGGCAGAGGAGUGAGUGUGUUAAUGAUAUAGAUACUUUGUCAAGGAAGAAAGGAUGGAUUUACAGCAGAAUUCAUAGUUUUGUUGUCAGAGAAAGUUUGUGAGAGUUUGUUCUUCGUAUAAGCCAGAAUUCUUAGGUUUUCGUUCACUCGCUACAGAGGAGUGAGUGUGUUAACAACUUAGAUACUUUGUCAAGGAAGGAAGGAAGGACAGAUUAGCAACAGAAUUCAUAGUUUUGUCAUCAGAGAAAGUUUGUGAGAGCUCGUUCUUUGUAUAAGCCAGAAUUCUUAGGUUUUCGUUUACUUGCUACAGAGGAGUGAGUGUGUUAACAACUUAGAUACUUUGUCAAGGAAGGAAGGAAGGAUGGAUUAGGAACGGAAUUCAUAGUUUUGUCAUCAGAGAAAAUUUGUGAAAUUUCAUUCUUUGUGUAAACUAGAAUUCUUGGCUUCUGGUUACCAGCUACAGAGGAGUGAGUGUGUUAACGACUUAGAUAAUUUGUUAAGGAAAGAAAAGGAAGUAGAAAGGACGGAUUAGCAGUGGAAUUCAUAGUUUUGUCAGCAUUUUCUCCGAGCGAUCAUCAGUUUGUGUUCUUGUAUAAUGCAUUACUCUUUCGUUAAAUAAAAUCGAUCUAUUCUUGUCAAGGAAAGGAUGGAAAGAAGAAUGAAUUAGCAAUGGAAUUCAUAGUUUUGUCAGCAUUUUCUCCGAGCGAUCAUCAGUUUGUGUUCUUGUAUAAUUCAUUACUCUUUCGUUAAAUAAGAUUGAAUUACUCUCGACAAGGAAGGAAGGACGGAUUAGCAGUGAAAUUCAUAGUUUUGUCAGCAUUUUCUCCGAGCGAUCAUCAGUUUGUGUUCUUGUAUAGGCCAUUGCUCUUUUCAUUAGGUUACGUACAUAAGCCAAGACCGAGACUCGUCCUCAGCGAAGUCUCACGAAAACUCAGCAUAUAAUCGAUUCCUCUUCGCGCAUAAUAAUAAUUUUUUUGCAUACGUAUCAGCAGUCGUCUGGUACAUGUUCCCCUUCACAUAUAUUACCUACGUCCAUACUAAUUUGUGUUAUCGAUGAAGACCAGUGGGUUGAAAUCGUCUCCAUGUGCAGUUAAAAAAAUAUUGUGUUACGUAAUUAAGAUAAAAACCUGGUGUUAUUGAGUCAGUGAAACGUGUGUGUGUGUGUGUGCGUGUGUGUGUAAAAAGCCGUAUUCUUAACUAGCCCGUAAGCUUCAUAUAAUAAUCCCUUUUCGUGAACUGUUACCCUUAAGUUUCGUGAGGAGGAGGAGGAGGAGGAGAUGAUUGUGUUUCCGGCAGGCACAUUCAAAGGUGUGUGGAGCGAAGACACUAGCCAUAAUUUACUAACAGGACACUUGCUCGGUAAAGUUUCGAUGGUGGAUGGAUUAAGUCUUUGGCGGUGGGUGGCUUGCAUGCUACCGAAAAGACUUGUAGCUUAACCCGGUAGCAGCGACGGGCCAAAUUUGUGGCUUCACCGUUUAGCAGCGACGGGCCAUAUUUGUGCCAUGAUAUAAACCCCAAAAAUAGAUGAUACAUAAUCUGAUCACAAAUGCUUGGUUAUAUAUCAUGAAAUGGUUUGUGUGAGGGGUGAUUUUUUCUCAUUUUUCUCGCUUAGGGGGACCAUUAAGAAACAUGAUCCCUACUGCUACCGGGUUAACCCACUUGAAAGAUAUCACACACAGUUGGCUCACAUCACUGCUUUGCAUAAUUUCAAUACAGUCAGACUCUGCAACUGUCACUGAAAAAUAUAUAGGAAGGUUUUCACACACUAUUGUACCACGAAACUUGCACUAUUGAACCGAGCUUGCAUAAUAAUCGGUAUGCAUAAUAUAUAUAAAGGAAAUAAGGGACUUGGAAAUGACCCUGAUGGUUUAUUUAAGUCAAUACUGGCCUUGGUUGUCUCCAUAAUUGUAGUUCAUAGUAGUGAGUAACAACCGUUGGAGGUCUUCGUCGAUAUUCUUAAAUGCUUCUGCCUCCCACAUCGACUACUUUCAAAGGCCAAAAAGGAGACUAAUUGGGUUUUCAUUUGUGUUUCCUUGGGUUCACAGUACAGAGGAAGGGUCAGACUACCACCAGGGCCAUAAAACUACCCACAAAAAUGCCCCACACUCCUAUGAAAGCCUUGCCAAAUAUGUGACCUUGCCUCCCAUAUUAACUAUUUUGAAAGGCCGUAAGGGAGAGAAAUUGGGAAAGUGUCGUAAUUGGAGACUGAAACGUUUAAGAAUAUAGAACUUCAUGGGUCCUUGUUAAUUAAUAGAACCUUCAGUGGGUAGUAUCGGCAUUAACAUGACCCCACAGUUAAGCAGAGCAGUGACUUAUCUCCUUGUAGUGGUCAUAAUAAUAAUAAUAGUAAUAAUAAUAAUAGUGAUAAUUUUGAGUCAUCACCAAAUACGUUCGGUGCUGGAUUAACCAAACUCGGUGGUCUUACGAAACAUUUACGAGUGGACAUUGCUGGUGGGUUUGUGUGUGUGUGUGUGUAUGUGAGAGUGAGAGAGAGAUUAAGGUCACGUCAAGUGGUGGCAUAACAUCGCUCAUUACGUAGUGAAGGUCGGAGAUGAGGUGCAAAUUUAAAGAGCUGUUCAUGGUAAUAAUAAUAAUAAUAAUAAUAAUCAGCAAUAAGACUGAUUAACAUUGUAGUGAAUCCAGGUUGUCUUCAUAUCACAUAGAAAUAGCAAUGUUCAUGGGCGAGGUUACCAAUAACACCUUCAACUUUCUAAACAAUUAAAAUAUAUAUUGCAACCACAUAAAUUCAGUACAAAUUACAUAAAAAUUAAGACCCAUGAGAGCCGUUUCAAACUGGCAUACAGGCUUUCAUGAGUGUCUCCUUAGGUUCAUGGUACAGAGGAAGGGUCAGACUACCACCAGGGUCAUGAAACUACUCUUGAAUAUGACCCACUCCUAUUAAAGCCUUGCCAAAUCUGCUUCUGGCUCCCACAUUAACUAUUUCCAAAGACCAAAAAAGAGAUCACUCGGGUUUUCAUGAGUGUUUCCUUAGGUUCAUGGUACAGAAGAAGGGGCAGACUACCACCAGGGUCAUACAAACACCUCUGAAAAUCCCCCAAAAGAACCCCUAUGAAAGCCUUGGUAUUAUUCGCAUCCUCAGCUCCGACCCGACCUCACUGACAAGCCAGAGUAUUCAUAGUUGUCUGUUGUCUGUCUUUCAAAUCGUAACUAACAUGUACCUUUGUAAGCGCCACUAAGGGAAGAUGAAAAGGUCUCGAGUGGUUGAGUGUCAGUGACUUUGUUUGGUUAGGUUUUCAAGACGGCUAUGUUGGGAUGAAGCUUGAAGGGCAGGAUAAGGGUGUGUGCGUAGGGGUGAAACUAUCCCAAAGUCGAAGAGAGGAUUUGUAUGCCAGAUGUAUUGAAUGUAUUGGUAAGUAUUGACAGUUACGUGGCUAGUGUUGUUUUUAAUUCAGUUCCUCGUCUGGAAUUAGUUUGAAGUGUUGGAUAUUCAGAGUUGCAGUAUGUUGGCAUAUUAUGAAAUUGGUCUUGAAAGUAAUAUAGUAAAGUAAUUCUAGUUUUGAGAUAAUUAGUUAGAAGGAUAUUAGAUUUUCAGUUACGUCAACAUUACAAACUCGAUCGUAUAGAGUGACAUUAAAAUCAGCAAAGCUAACUAUCCGUGCAUUAUAAAAGGUAUAUUAUGUGGUUAGUUCGACGUCAUAAUUCUAGUUUUGAGACGGAAUUAGUUAUAAGUAUAUCGGAUCUUCAGAGUUACAUCAUUACAGAACUCGAUCGUAUGAAAUGACGUAUUAAAAUCAACAAAAACCUAUUAACCGUACCUUCAAAGACAGGCCUAAAACACACCAGCCACGUAACUGUUAACAAAUUAUACUACCCCAUUCUAAGAGUCAGGCAAUAGUCGUGUCCAGAACCAUAAUAAUUGUCCAGUAGGCGACGUAUGUUACCGUGAAUUUCAAGCGAGAUGAAUAGAACUCAUGCUGGAUGUUAAGGUUGUACGGCGAAGAGGAGGAAGCACGUCUGUAUAUGUUUCUUUCCGGGAAUGUUGGCAGCUGCUGAUUAUUAUGUUAUGUUUUCUGUGACGUAGAUAAGGCAGCAUUAGUCACAGGUGAGGUGGCUGGUCCCUUCCUACACCUGCUUCAAGUAAAGAUCUAAACCUA